GCAGAAGAGCAGGGAGGGCUGGGCUUAUCAGUCUGAACUCUCCUCUCCUGUGUCUGAGCUUGAGGGAGAAAGUGAGGAGAGGGCUUUUCGGGGGACUCCAGAGGCAGUGGAUUCCAUUUGUGGAGAUGGAAGGGGGAGCCACCACCCCAUAAGAGCUAAGGUUUUGCUUUGAAGAGUGGAAGAGGUUAUCAGAGAAGGAAAGAAAACAAAAGUGCUGAAGUCAUGGGAGCUGAAGAAGAGGUGCUGGUUACGCUGUCUGGAGGGGCCCCCUGGGGCUUCAGGCUGCAGGGGGGCUCUGAGCAGAAAAGACCCCUUCAGGUGUCAAAGAUCCGCAAGAGAAGCAAAGCCUGCCGGGGGGGCCUGUGGGAAAAUGAUGAACUGGUAUCCAUCAACGGGAAGCCAUGCGCCAGCCUUUCCCAUGCCAGCGCCAUGCACAUCAUCGACUCCUCCAGUGACACGCUCCACAUCUGUGUGAAAAGGGCGGCUGGCAGAGACCGGUCUGGCACAAGGCCCCUGCAUUCGCUUUCCCCUGGGCAGCUGCGAGUGCUCUCCCCAGUCAGCCCAGAGCCAGCUGGUCCCCUGGCUACCACCCCACCUGAGCCGCGGCGCGGGCGGCAGCAGCUGCCGGAGAGCCUGACCUCGCCCCCCGACAGCGAGGCGUACUAUGGCGAGACGGACAGUGACGCCGACAACAUUGCACAGGAGAAGCACCGGCGGGCCCGCAAGAAGAGCCCUCGCUCUCCACCUGGGGGCUCCAACAACAAGCCAGGCGAGCCACAGGACGAGAUGUCCCUGUCUGAGCUGAGUGGCUAUGACAGCACCCCGGAGGCAGCAGCAAUACAGGCCAGAGAGAAGAUGAGUGGUGUGGCCAAGACAGACACCAUGCAGCAGCCUGGCAGCCGCACGGAGCCCUCUUUCUCAGAGAGCGAGGUGCUGCUGCAGCCACCCCCAGCAGAGAGCAGGGAGCUCUCUCCAGAGGCCAUGCUCCUGCCCCAUGCCACCAAGACCAUCCGAGCUGAGCGCCACCUCAUCCCCAUGGUGGGGCCAGUAGAACACCCAGUUGAUGAAGAUUUAACCACCACCUAUGCAGAGAAAGCCAAACAAGCCAAGCUGCACCGCAGUGAAAGCACACAGGAGAAGAAUGUAAAAGAAGCCAAAACCAAAUGCAGGACGAUUGCGUCCCUGCUGACAGAUGCGCCAAACCCCCACUCUAAGGGCGUGCUGAUGUUCAAGAAGCGCAGGCAGAGGGCUAAGAAGUACACCCUGGUCAGCUUUGGGAGUGUCGACGAGGACCGCUGUUACGAGGAGGAGGAUGGUGUCUUCCCAACCAGCGAGUCAGAGUUUGAUGAGGAAGGCUUCUCAGAUGCCCGAAGCUUAACCAACCACUCGGACUGGGACAACUCUUACCUGGACAUUUUAAAGCCCAAGCUGGAAUCUGAGCAGCAGCUGGGGCAGACGCAGCAGGGUCUGAGUGAAGCCUCCGGCAGAGGAGCACAGUUAUUUGAGCAGCAGAGGGAGAGGGCUGGUCAGUAUACGGUGGAGAAAGUUCCAGCUCAGAAGCCAGAGAGCCAUCAGCCACCGCCAGGUGUCGUGCCAAAGCAGAGCAUGGUGAACGGGGAAGUGCCUACUCCACAGAAGGCCAACACGGCUCCACUGAGUAUCCAUGUGGAAGCAGUGCAGUUAUCCAGCAAGCUGCCGUCAUCUACCUCUGCUCAGGUCCAGUCUCCACUGGGCAGCAUUGGAGGAGAGGCCCAGUCAUCUCCAGGCACAGAGGGCCUCUUCAACAGAUCCGCACGACCCUUCACUCCUGGCUUUUCGGGGCAGCGUCCUGUGACUUCCUCCGUCAUCUUCAGGCCUUUGGCUCCCAAGAAAAGUAGUGGCAGUCUGGGGGAGAAGAGCACCACUGCUCCACCUUUCUCACCAGUAACUCCUGUGCAACCUCCCACUGCACCAGUGAUGGCACACAAUGGUCCAGCAAGCUCCUCAACAUCUCUGUAUAUUUCAGCACCAGGUAGGCCAACACCACCAGGGGUACCACAGCCAGCUGCAGGCGGAAGUGCUCCUGAGACUAAGACACCCACAAACCCAGCCAUGACCUCCACGGCUUCCAUUGUUCUAACUACUCCCUCUAAGCCAGCGGGGGCUACAGCAACACCUCAACCACGAGGGACAGCUUCUUCCUCUUUGUAUAUCAGCCCUGCACCCCAGCAAUCCGGCGUGGUGAGUGGCUCUCUGCUACCAAGCCCACCGUAUCCUACUGUCUCCCCAGCUACUGCACAACCUGCUUCUGAGCCCUUAACAUCCAGGGAGCAGCGCAUUGCAGUGCCUGCCCCCCGAACUGGCAUCUUGCAGGAAGCUCGCCGGCGGGGCAGCAAAAAGCCCAUGUUCAAUACCAUAGAAGAGAAGAAGAAGAAUUCACCCAACCCUGAGCUUCUGUCUCUGGUGCAGAACCUGGAUGAGAAACCCAAAGGUGACCACCCAGGGGCGGGCUUUGAGUCUGGGCCUGAGGAGGACUUCCUCAGCCUAGGAGCCGAGGCCUGCAACUUCAUGCAGUCCUCAAGCCGCAAGUUCAAGGCCCCUCCUCCAGUGGCUCCUAAGCCUCAGCAGCAAGGUGCCUCUGCUGGACUAGUAAAUGGUGCCCAUGACAUGCCACAGUUAAAGGGCAAAGGGGCAGAGCUUUUUGCCAAGCGACAGAGCCGCAUGGACAAGUUUGUGGUGGAGGCAGCACCGAGGCCAGGCUCCAAGCCCAGGGCACCCUCACCCACCCCUUCUCUACCAUCAUCCUGGAAGUAUUCUUCCAACAUCCGUGCCCCACCCCCAAUAGCUUACAACCCCUUGCAUUCCCCCUUCUACCCCCUGGCAGCAAGCAAGUCUCAGGCUAGCAAAGCAGAGAGCAAAGUGAAAAAGGCACCCAGCCAGAAAUCGGGGAUCAAGGCCAUUGAUUUCAUGCGCCACCAACCCUACCAGCUAAAGUCGGCCAUGUUCUGUUUUGGGGAGCCCUCGAGCGCUGACACACAGAACCCUCUGCCCCAGCCAGCCCAGCAGUCCAGCUUGUCUUUCACCCCAGCCAAGCAGGCACCUGUGAAAACAGCCAGGACCUAUGAGAUCCGGCGGUUCUCCACACCUGUUCCCAUGCCCACUUUGAGCAGCCUGGCACCCACAGUCCUCACUCCCCGCUCUGCCACCACACUGGACGAGCCAGUGUGGAGGACGGACAUGACCUCCUCCACACCGUCCACCCCUGCCCCUUUUCAGGCCAGUCCCAGCCAGACCCCAAAGCUGUAUGAAAGCUCCCCAGAGCUCAGGCAGAUGGGCCAAGGGACUUCCCCACGCCCAGCCUCCUCCUCCGGGUUCCAGGUAGCUAGACCCAGGUUCUCAGCAGCCAAAACUGGGAUGCAGGCGCAUGUGUGGAGGCCAGGCUCUGGGCACCAGUGAACCAGGAGCUGUCCCCCCCGCCCGCCCCUGCCCCCACCCCCGCCCCCGCAUCCCUUCCCUCACGGGCACGACUGGGUGUCCAACCGAGAUAGUUUCCCUGGGCUUUCUUUAAAGUGAGCUCAAUAAAUUGGGGCAUGUGAAGCAAAAGGAAGAAAGGGGAGGUCGAGGGGGACUCCCUUCCCGGCCUCCCAUCCCCCUUUGUUUUCAGCCUGGCGGCAUCACUAUGAGCUUUACCAGCUGUGGCUAGAGCCAGAGGACUCAGGAGGAAAGAAGAGAUAGGGCGAUAGUCUCCAGCCUGCUUCUGCCCACAUCUGCACGGCAAUGAAAUCCAGUGUCUGGGGCCAGGGGAAUGGGAGGGGCAGACUGUCAUGCUAAGGGGUGAGUAGCGCUCCAGUGGGCUUUAGAAACAAGACUCUGUUAACCCUUUCAGUGCCCCAGUAAGGCAGAUGCCAUCCCAUCGCUGCGGACAACAAGGCACUGCGCACAGAAGGGUCCCACCCAGGCUCACAUGGGAAGUGAGUGGCAGAGAAACGACUGAAACCCAGGGUUGCCCCCUACCCCAGUGAAUUGAGAAAUGAGACAACGUUCCCCAGGCCUGCCUCUGCAGGGGAGCAGCAGGUGCUUUAGGGGACACUGGGACAGGAAGGGGAUGUGGGCAUCUGCUCAGACUCACAGCUCUCUGCUCACCCUGCUCAGGAUAGCCAUGGAGUACACAUGCUUUUCCAGCAGCCAGGGCUGUGUUUGAGAAGCCAGCAGGGUCCCCCGCUACGAUUGUCAGCUUCCUGGAGCCCUUCAUGCAGGUAGAUGAUCCCAGCUGGCUCCAAGCAGCAGGGGACAGUUUGAGGGGCUGAAAGGUCGAUGUGGGCCUGUGGUAAGUUUGGAGGAAUGUGAGAGGGAAGGAGAGGUUUCCUGGGAAGCCAGAAGAGCAAAGCAAGGCCCAGUUACUGACUGUUUAGUUCAGACACUGUAUGUGGGAGAGAUGGUUCUGUGGGAGAGGGCAGAGCUGGCUCGUAGUGGAGCCGGGGCUGACUUUAGAUUCACACACCAGCUUUUUGGGUCAGUCUCUGCUCUGGCAGGAGUUGUGGCUGCUGGAGUGGAGGCGAUGAGCAAUGUGAAGUUCCCCUGAGGACACUGCUCAGCUGGGAAGGUCGGCCCCUCACGUGGGCUGACCCAGCCCAGCUGGAGGCAAUGGGGAGAAGAGGAGUAGUGCAUGAGGAGUCACAUUAACCCAGUUAGAGCUUCUCUGGAGGUUUUGAUAAUUACAGAAUAGCCUAAAAUCCCCUGGGAAGCAUCAGUAACUCACCUGCACAGCUCUCCCCUGCUGGCACUGGGGACAUGUGGGUAGUCAUUCCUUUCAUGGCUUGCUUUAGGGUAGGAUGACCUCAGCCACCUGAGCUGUGCAUGGACUCUUCCCUACACCAAGAGCAUGUGACAAGUAGGGUGACCAGAUGGCAAAUGUGAAAAAUCGGGACAGGGGGUGGGGGGUAAUCGGUACCUAUAUAAGAAAAAGUCCCAAAUAUCAGGACUGUUCCUAUAAAAUUGGGACAUC